GGGGCGGUGCUACGCUUCACCCCGCCGCUGGUCCUGUGUGACGUAGAACAAUGCUCGCCUGCCACGCGUCGGAAAUGGACUACAGCUGCUGCCACCCCCUUGCAACUGACACGCUUGAUGGAACGCAGUGAUCAUCUGGGGGGUGAAUCCAGGAAUCAUGCAUGUCUUAUUUAGAUUAAUCGUUUUCUUUUACGUGUGGGGCAUUUUUACUGCUCAGGGACAAAAGGCAGAGGAGAGCACAGAGGAAGUGAAAAUAGAAGUUUUGCAUCGUCCAGAAAAUUGUUCUAAGACAAGCAAAAAGGGAGACCUGCUAAAUGCCCAUUACGACGGCUUCUUGGCUAAAGACGGCUCGAAAUUCUACUGCAGCCGGACACAAAAUGAAGGCCACCCCAAAUGGUUUGUUCUUGGUGUUGGACAAGUCAUAAAAGGCCUAGACAUUGGGAUGAUGGAUAUGUGUCCUGGAGAGAAGCGAAAAUUGAUUAUACCUCCUUCAUUUGCAUAUGGAAAGGAAGGCUAUGCAGAAGGCAAGAUUCCACCUGAUGCAACAUUGAUUUUUGAGAUUGAACUUUAUGCUGUGACCAAAGGACCACGAAGCGUUGAAACAUUUAAACAGAUAGACAUGGACAAUGACAGGCAACUUUCUAAAACUGAGAUAAGUCAUUACCUGAAAAAGGAAUUUGAAAAAGACGAGAAGCCACGUGACAAGUCGUAUCAGACUGCAGUUUUAGAGGAUUUUUUUAAGAAGAACGACCAUGAUGGGGAUGGCUUCAUUUCUUCUAAGGAAUACAAUGUCUAUCAACAUGAUGAACUAUAGCAUAUUUUUAUUUCUAAAUGUUCUUAGCUAUUUACUGUACUUUAUAUGUAAUACAAAGUCACUUUUCUCUGCGUUGUAUUUUCUAUUUUUCCCUCAUGAACAUAUUUUGAUCCUUCAAUACAUGUAAUAUUGGAAUAAUAAAUAUGAGGCUUUUUUUUGCAAAAUUUAACUUUCAAAUAG